AUGGAAAAAAGGGAUGUGAGUGAGAUUCAGGAGCAGCCCAUACAACACCCAACAGGGCCAAACAAUGACAGCCAAAGGUCAUUAUUGCAGCUUCUGGCACCUUUUGUUGAUGCGGCUCCACCUGGCAAGUUAAGCGAAGUUGUGUUUUCUCUAAAGAGCCUUUUGAUAAGACUGCUUGCACUUCGAAACCACAGAGCAUCGCCGAACGGCCAAAUCCCUGACGUUGAGCUUCAUGAUUUUCUUCAAAUAUGCCUCCCUGCUCUUUGCCUCCGGCGUAUUCUUCAGAAAAACGGAAGCAUUGUCUCUCUCGCCGCGACGAAGCUACCUCAAGUUAGGGAUCAGCUUUUCCAAGGUAUCAUCUAUCCUGGUGGUGGUAAGGCGAGCAGUGGCCUUGCACAGCGUAAGAUUCAUUUAAUGCUCAGCCGCACUAACCAUCUAUUAUCUUGGGUGAUGAGGGUGAAUAGUAUGAAAAAGGAUGUCGGCGCGAAUGGAUAUGUGUGCGAUGCAAAUCAGCUUUCAAAUGGAAGCGCAUCGUCGUCGUAUCCACAAGGAUCAAUUUUCAGCACCAGUCUUUCUGAUCCCCAUGCUUCACUCUCUGCAGUAGAGGCUUUACUUUCUUAUGGGGACGACGCUAAAAGCGAGAUUAUAUUUCCAUGGCUUAGCGAUCUUACUGAGACCUCCGAUGAUACCCUUGAGAGCAAUGUUCUUCAAUCUUUUUCGACUGAAAUAGGUCGAAUAGGUCGCAAAAUAAGGUUUAACAAUGGCUUUGAAAAGGAUGAUAAUGCUAUGUCCAUUAUGGUGGGAUUGAAGAAAUUUUUCAGUCACGUUCCAUCUAUAUUUGUAGUGGAAGAAAAUGAGGAUGUUGAGGUUUGCGAUGGCGGUGAUAAUUCUUGUUCCUCACAAAAACGUACUUCUAAUAUAGGGGAUGGGGAAGUUGAGGAAGACGAAGAUUUAUUUCGUGAUUUGUAUGCUGUCAGUUAUGGGUUUGACCGAAUUGCGAACGUCUUUUUUGAUCUUCAUUGGGGGCUUUAUGUGGAAGUAGAUGUCAUCAUGGGCCAUUGCAUUCGUGUAAUUUCCUUUAGCGUAGUUGACGAAACCUUUUCAUCUUCUCAAGAUUCACUGGUAUCUUUAUUUUAUGCGUUUCACGAAGAGCUGAAACUUCAGCGUCAAUACGAAUGCAAGGAUGGCGCAAAGGAGGUGGUCGAACCCACAAAGAAUAUAAGUUGUGAGGAAAAUUCUUGGUCUGUAGCUGCAGAUUUUAGUAACGAGCUUGAGGCCAAGAUUCCACUGUUUGAUCCUCUCUUUUUAGGAGUGCGCAAGAAGCUUGAAACGGAACUCCAAACCCAAUCCGAUCUCUUUGACGGGGUCAGUUCUCCGGACGUUUCAGGAAUCAACAAGUUCGAUAAAGGAGAUGUCGUGAGCAGACUGUUGAGGGAGUAUCAUGAGAAAUGGUCAGCCACCGGGGCGACGAGGAUGAAGGGGAGCGACAUUAGCGCGUCGGCGCCACCGUUCGGUUGUCGAUCCAAGGAUCACAUCGCUAUUGGUGUGAAAAAUGCCUUCACGGCGGUGGUCUGGCCGCGUGAAUUUCCCAUCCUCUCCAAGCUGGAUUCCCUCCCCGAAGGUCCCACGCAGGCGGAUCCGCCCAUCGCCCCUACAAGUGUGAAUUCCCAUUUAGCCACUUUUCCCGACCACCUUUCACAGGAUUUGAAUCACUGUAUACACUCGAAGAAACUAUCCGUGUGGCCAUCAAGACUUUCGGUGACCUCCUGCAAAUCCCAGGGGGCGCCUGUGAAGGGCUGGUGUAGUAUAUGGACCUCACACUAUGAGCUAUGUCGUGCUGAUAUGGAUUCGGUUUCGCAAUCUGAAUUUUAUCUCCAUACAUCGUGCGAGGGGGAUUCCAUUCUAGACAACCGCCGUUCAUGUUAUCGCAAGACUUCAUCGUCCGGUGCAGGGGAUUCCCACGGUGCGUCUUCGUUAACACUUCCAGGUAAGGGUUCCAGAGAGCCCAAUCAACGAUGUAAUAUGUUUAAUGAUGGCUUUUCGUCGUCGGAGCCGCCCGAUGCGAUCACGCGAGAAGCUUGUUGGCUUGCCUUUUCCGCUACGAGUGAAGUGUGGCUGUAUUAUAAUGCCACUGCGUGCGCCGGUACUGGUAGCACUAGUACCGAAUUUAUGAAUUCCUCGUCCGAGGAGGGACAGUUUAAUUCCUUGGGCGACCAUCAGGGAACUCUUCCGACAUUUCCUGAAAUUCCUGGAGGUAUGCAUCAGCGGUGGAUUGUAAACCACCCAUCAGAGGGGCUGUCAACGGUGGGCUCUGAUGUUACCACGGUAGCCGACGCUGUGGUUUCCAAAAUCAGCGAGCACGAACGGAUGGUGCGUGAUUCGGUUAUACGUACUUGUAAUGGAAUUCUGAAGUCGAAGCACUCGAUAGGAUUUGGUCAUGUACAUGAGGGAAAAGGGUCCUCUUUGUCAUGUUUAUUACCACGGAGCACUCCAUUUUUUAACCACCAAACACAUUUUGAUCCGAUGCGUUAUGAUGAUAGUAUUUUGAGAGUCUCAUUUCACAUCCCUUCACAGGAAGAAUCAUGA